AUGGCGGAUUUGCGCCUGGAGAAGUUGGAAGAGGCUGUGAAGCAGCUCAGCCAGAAUGUGGCGAUGCAGGAGGAGCUGCGCCAACUUCGAGAGCGGGUGGCAAUGCUAGAGUCGCAGGCGAAGCUACCUGCCAGUGAGGAGAGGCAAAGCGAGUCCCUGGCGGAGUCGUCUGAAAGCAGUAUGGCACCAGAAUGUUGUGAAGCUGGGAUGGCUGGGUAUGCCAAGAAGGCAAGUAAGAGCUUGCGCGAGUUCCAAGACACUCACACGAGCUUUACUUUGGUGGAGUCCUUCUGGGAUGCCACGCUCUUUGCAGGACUCGAUGAAGUUGGACUGGCAGGAUCCUUCAUGAUCUUCUUCGGAGUGUCAGUGAGCUUAUUCUUGCAGCUGCUCUUCUGCUACAUUUUGAUGAGAUGCUUCACUACUGGAGAUGGGAAGUACGCCUUGGGAUAUCUGAAAGACUGGCGGAUCCUCUAUGGUCACAACGUUGACAGUUACGAUGAGACUUCAGGUGCGUCCUUGGUGAGCAAGAUCUGCGAUGGCAACAUCUUUGAUCAGACUUUUUGGAACAAUGCCUUGCUGUCUGAAGUCAACUUGUACUUGACGGAGGUGUUCCCUCAAGCUCCAGGCCUCAGUGGUCUCACCGUCGGGGUCGUGCUGUGCUCGAUGGCCGUGCUGAUUUGGGCCUGCCACAUCAGUUUUGAGCUGCAGAGCGUGGGCUCCUUCGGAAUGGCAAUUUGCCACCUGCCCCGGGGGAACACGCGAGUUUCAGAAGACAAGGAUGGAAACCGUCGCUUUGAAUCCAUCAGCUACUUUCGGCUUUGUGCCAUCAGCUUCGUGGUCCUCUCCCGCGCGUCCAUCGCAGUGAUCUUGGGUUUCUCGGGUGCAUGGUGGCUUUGCCAAACCCGUCGGGAGAACUCGGGAGAAUGCACCCAGGGCAUCCAAGGGCCAUUUGCAAAACCUCGUGUUAAUUCUUUGCAAUUCUGCAGCUGA